AUGGAAUCUCGAAAACCUGAUGCGUGGGGAGUUAAAGAAGUCAGCGAGUGGCUCUCAUCUCUUGAACUUGGCCAAUAUAAACAAAAAUUUGAAGCACUGUCAAUAGAUGGGAUGCUACUUUUUGAAAUGACCGACCAAGAUCUUCUGAAUGAUCUAGAAGUGCCUGUAAGGCUGCAUCGAUUCAAAAUACUCGAAAACAUUAAGAAGCUCAAAGAGCACUGUCUUUCUAAUCAGCGACAGCAAGAUCCAGAAGAUAGCUCUCAGCAGCAAGCCAAUUCAAGGGCAAUCCCAGCUGAAAUCGAAGAAAUCAAAUGAGAAAUGCUAGUUUUAAAAGCAGUUGAAGGACAGCUACUCAACAACACUUUCCUAAUCGGUGCCGAAGGCGCAUCAAUUGGUAGAAAUUCUGCCUCUAACGAUAUCGUUAUUGGUGAAAGUUUUGUAAGUCGAAAACACUGCGAAAUCCGAUUUAAUCAACCAACCAAUCAAUUCUUAUUGACUGAUACUGGAAGCACCACAGGGACUUUUCUUAUGGUAAGGCAGCCUUUGCGUCUUGAGCUAGGAAUGAUGUUCCAAAUGGGCUUAAGCGAAUUUAAAGUAAAUAAUGUCCGAUAUAACCCCUAUGGAAAAAUCACAUCACUUGAAUUAGCCAUUUAUGAAGGGCCUGCAAGACAAAAUGCAAUUAAUGUUAGUGCAGAAGGACUAACUAUUGGGAGAGACAUAGCAAAUGCUUAUUGUAUCAGAGAAGAUUCACAAAUGAGCUCGUUUCAUGGAAAAAUCACUUAUGAUAAUGGAACUUUUUAUUUGGCUGAUAUAGGCUCAACAAAUAGAACUUGGAGAAGACUGAGUGGGGAAGGGCAAAAAAGUGAACCUUAUCCUUUGUUGGUUGGAGAUGUAAUUAAAAUUGGAUCAACUGUCCUUGUUGUGCAGCUUCCUGAUAGCUCUCAAUUGCCUUCAGUGAUAAGUUCUUCUGAAAAAGAAACAGGCGAAUCUGUAGUUGAUGAUGCAGCCUGCAAAAUUUGUUUCACGAGAGAGCUAAAUGUUGCAUGCUAUCCAUGUGGGCAUAUGUUCUGCGAUUUCUGUGUUUCAAAAUCCCAUAACUGCCCUAUCUGUAGAAAAUAUGUGCAAGACCUGGUCAAGCUGUAUAAAUAA